GUCCAUGCACACACCUCCAGUCUUUCGUAAUGAUCCUGGACCCCCACACCACAAAUGCUGGUCUGCAGGAGGUUUUAGAUGAACAUAAAAUCAGUCUGAGGAGGAGAUGUGAACAUGUGACUGAAGGAACUGAUGGAACAGGAAGCAGAACCCUCCUCAACAGGAUCUACACUGAGCUCUUCAUCACAGAGGGACAGAGUGAAGAGGUUAAUACCCAACAUGAGGUGAGGCAGCUGGAGACCGCUUCCAAGAUCAACACCCUCCAUGACACUCCAAUCAGGUGCCACGACAUCUUUAAAGCCUUACCUGACCAACAUGGACCAAUCAGAGUGGUUCUGACCAAUGGCGUCGCUGGUGUUGGAAAAACCUUCUCAGUGCAGAAGUUCACUCUGGACUGGGCAGAGGGCUUGGAGAACCAAGAUGUCAGUGUGGUGGUUCUGCUUUCAUUCAGGGAGCUGAACUUGAUCAGAGAUGAUCAGUACAGUCUUCUCCAGCUGCUCCACGUUUUCCAUCCAACAUUACAGAAGAUCCCAGCAGAGCAGCUGGCUGUCUGGAAACUUCUCUUCAUCUUUGAUGGUCUGGAUGAAAGCAGACUUUCUCUGGACUUCAACAACACUGAGGUUGUUUCUGAUGUCACACAGAAGUCUUCAGUCAACGUGCUGCUGACAAACCUCAUCAAGGGGAAUCUGCUGCCCUCGGCUCUCAUCUGGAUCACUUCUAGACCUGCAGCAGCCAAUCAGAUCCCUCCUAAAUGUGUUGACAGGGUAACAGAAGUACGAGGCUUCACUGAUGUCCAGAAGGAGGAGUACUUCAGGAGGAGAUUCAGUGAUGAAGAGAUGUCCAGCAGAAUCAUCUCCCACAUGAAGACAUCCAGGAGCCUCCACAUCAUGUGUGGAAUCCCAGUCUUCUGCUGGAUCACUGCUACAGUUCUGGAGCACAUGUUGACCACAGAGCAGAGAGGAGAGCUGCCCAAGACCAUGACGGACAUGUACUCAUACUUCCUGAUGGUCCAGACAAAGAGGAAGAAGAACAAGUACCAUGAGGGACAUGAGACGAGUCCACAAGGGCUGACAGAGACUGACAGGGAAGUUCUUCUGAAGCUGGGGAGGCUGGCGUUUGAACAUCUGGAGAAAGGAAACAUCAUGUUCUACCAAGAAGACCUGGAGCAGUGUGGUCUGGAUGUCACAGAGGCCUCGGUGUUCUCAGGAGUUUGUACUGAGAUCUUCAGAAGAGAGUGUGCGAUCUUCCGGAAACCAGUUUACUGCUUUGUUCAUCUGAGUGUUCAGGAGUUUCUGGCUGCAGUCUACAUGAUGCACAGUUACAUCAACAGGAACACAGAGGUGCUCGAGGAUUUCCUGGGGAGAGACUGGGAUGAUGAUGAUGGUGAUGAUGAAACAGAAAGGUCCUUUCUAGAUGUCUUCUUAAAGAGAGUCAUGGAAGAAUCCUUUGAAAGUAAAAACGGCCAUAUGGACCUGUUUGUUCGCUUCCUUCAUGGCCUCUCUCUGCAGUCCAACCAGAGACUCUUAGCAGGCCUGUUGGGUCAGACAGAGAACAGUCCAGAAACCAUGGAAACAGCUAUCAACAACUUGAAGAAGAUGAACAUGUAUAACAUCUGUCCUGACAGAAGCAUCAACAUCUUCCACUGUCUGAUGGAGAUAAAUGACCUCUCAGUUUAUCAGGAGAUUCAACAGUUCCUGAGGUCAAAGAACAGAUCAGAGGAGAAACUGUCAGAGAUCCACUGUUCAGCUCUGGCCUACAUGCUGCAGAUGUCGGAGGAGGUUCUGGAUGAGUUGGACCUGAAGCAGUACAACACAACAGAGGAGGGACGACAGAGGCUGAUCCCAGCUGUGAGAAACUGCAGGAAGGCUCUACUCUCUGGCUGUGGACUCUCAGACAUUCACUGUGAAGUUGUGGCUUCAGCUUUGAAGUCCAACCCCUCCCAACUGAGAGAGCUGGAGCUGAGUCACAAUGAGCUGCAGGAUUCUGGAGUGGAGCUUCUUUCAGCUGGACUGGAGAGUCCAAACUGUAAACUUGAGUCUCUCAGAUUGACAUGGUGCAGUUUGUCAAAGAUAAGUUGUGCUUCUUUAAGCUCAGCUUUAAAGUCUAAUCCCUCCCACCUGAAACACCUGGAUCUGAGUUACAACAGCCCAGAGGAUUCAGGAGUGAAGCAGCUGAGUGGUUAUUUGGAGUGUCCAGACUGUAUACUGGAGACUUUGGGACUGUGCGAUUGCAGGUUGUCAUGGAUCAGUUGUGCUUCUCUUAGCACAGCUCUGAAGUCCAACCCCUCCCAUCUGAGACAUCUGGACCUGAGUAGAAACAACUUACAGGUUUCAGGGGUGAAGGAACUAUGUGGGUUUUUGGAGCGUCCAGACUGUAGACUGGAGUCCCUGAGAAUGACCUACUGCAACUUAUCAGAAACGAGCUGUGAUUUUCUGGGUGCAGCUCUGAAGUCCAAUCCCUCCAAUCUUCAACACCUGGACCUUGGUGGAAACAAGAAGCAAGGCUUAGGCAGGCUUAAAGAGCUGUGUGGUUUUCUUGCAAGUCCUCAGUGUCAUCUUGAGACUCUGAGCUUGUGGGACUGCAAGUUGUCAGAGAUCAGCUGUGCUUCUCUGGUAUCAGCUUUGUGGUCUAACCCCUUCCAUCUUAGAGAUCUUAACCUGUCGGGAAAUAAGUUACAAGAUUCAAAUGCACAAAUAUUGUGUGCUUUUGUGAAGAGUCAUCACUUUCAACUGGAGACUCUGAGGCUCAGCGACAGGACAUUUCAGGCUUCCAGUGACAAAAGUGUUUCUACACAGCCAGUUUACCGGGCACUGUAUGACUUUGAGGCUCGGGAAGAAGAUGAAGUCACAUUUAUUAAGGAUGACAUCAUCAUCAUCAACUCUAAGCCCAGCAGUGAUGGGUGGAUGACCGGGACUGUGCAGAGAACCAGCAAAUCCGGCUUCCUGCCAUCAAACUAUGUUGAAUGUGUCUCUGGUGUCAAACUGGAUUCAAACACAGAGUCUGGUUCUUCCGAGGAUGAAAUGGAGACGAUGAAGGCUUCUUCUGACUUCACUGCAGAGGGUGAAACUGAAUCUGCACAAGUCUUGUACAGGCGCAGCGAUAGGACAGUCAAAUCUCCCAGUGACAAGAUUGUUUCUACACAGCCAGUUUACGGGGCACUGUAUGACUUUAAGGCUCGGGAAGAAGACGAAGUCUCAUUUACUAAGGAUGACAUCAUCAUCAUCAACUCUAAGCCCCGCAGUGAUGGGUGGAUGACCGGGACUGUGCAGAGAACUGGCAAAUCCGGCUUCCUGCCAUCAAACUAUGUUGAAUGUGUCUCUGGUGUCAAACUGGAUUCAGACACAGAGUCUGGUUCUUCCGAGGAUGAAAUGGAGACGAUGAAGGCUCCUUCAGACUUCACUCCAGAAGUUGAAACUGAAUCUGCUCAAGUCUUGUACAGGUUCAAGUGUCCUGGUCCAGGUUCGUUCCAGUGUGCGCUGACUGGACUGGUGUUUGUUACAGCUCAUGAGGUGGAGAUACAGUACAGGACCGACCAGUGGGAUGAGAAGCUCCUCCACUCAGCUGGAAAGACCCCGGCUGGACCGCUGUUCAAAAUCAAGUGUUCUGAGGAUGCCGUCCAUCAGCUUCACUUCCCACACUGCGAAACAAAGGAAGGUGAGCCAGACACGCUCUGCUCUCUGGAUGCGUUCUGUCUGUCCUCCACAUCUCUGAUGAUGGGAUAAGCAUCCUUGAGCCGCUGCAGAUCACAGAAACUCAUGUGAUUGUAAAAGUUCCUCAUCUGUCUGCCUUCGGCCUUGUCUGGGAUCUCAUAACAGGGUUUCUGAACAACACGAAACCGAUUAAGGGACAGGUCCUGUUGU